AAGGGGGCCGUAUAUAUGGAGCAUACAUAAGGGCGCGGAGGGGAUAGCUGUAUAUAUAUAAGAGAUACAGCCAUGUCUCUCUUGAACCAUGGCGUCCGGUUGGACAUGUUCACUGACAUCAUGGCAGGUUACGAGCAGUCCUCCUCGCCGUUGGGCUCUCGCUCCAGCUCUGCUUCAGGAUCAGGAUCAGGAGCAGGCCCAAGGCUGUCCUUGUUCAAUGCAAAUACGAGUACAACGCCUGGCGCACCUGCACCUGCAUCCCCAAAUGUAUCACCCUACUCGCACUCACACUCGCACUCGCUCUCAAAUUCGCGCUCGAGCCGUUUCGCUUCUGUGAAGAGGUACCUUCGAUCAGGUUCGGAUCUCGUUAGGAGCAGGAGCAGAAGCAAGAGCAAGUCUAGAAACGAGUUCGUUCUCUCCGUCGACGAGACUGUUAGCCUUACGACUCCCGCUACCGGCGAAACUCCAGGACUUGCCAGGAGCACAACCGGAGAGGCUAGACUUCGCUCUUCCACUCUCCCUGCGUCGCAGUCUUGGUUUCGCGCAGACUCUUCGCCCGAGGUUUUACAUUCGAUACUACUAGACGACAGAUACGCCAGCCUCCCACUGCCCACGCCUCCCCUCCCCUUUCCACGACCCCGAGGAUCCUCACUUUCGCGACAGCAGACAGUUCCUGUUUCCACUCCCUUGUCUGCUUCUACACCUGCUUCUGCUUUGGCAACCAGUAUCCCGCUACCUCUCUCACCGCCGCUCUCGCCCACGACUGAGCAAACUCCACCACCUACUCCUGCUUCACCUUAUGGACGCUCGCAGGAACAUUUACUCGCCUCGCCACUAUUGCCUGCACUGUCGAACCUCGCACAUCCUCCAACGUCCAUUCUCUCCCGACUGAGUGAAAGCGAACCGCCUAACUUUUCCUCCAUGGCUUCCAUCAGACGCCCUUCCUCCUCCAGGGGAGGAGACUCUGCCGGGAACCAAACCACUAUCACCGGUAGUAGCUUGCCCAUGCACUCGCAUUCUCAGUCGCAAUCACAGUCUCAACCACAGCAACAGCAACAGACGCAAAAUGGGACGAGUGCGACUGCAGGCCCAACAAAUCUCUCGGGUCUGGUGUGCAAUGUCCACCGCACCACCGGUCGAGAGCCGCACGCCCUCGUCGGCGCCACAACUACGAUCUUAGGCGACAAACUCUAUGUCUUUGGCGGCCGGCUACUAUCUAGAGCUCGACCAGAGCUUACCUCUGACCUCUACGAGCUAGACCUGAUCAAACGGCACUGGACAAAAAUCCACCCCACUGGUGAUGUGCCUCCUCCACGAUACUUUCAUAGCAUGUGCCCGCUGGGCGACACUAAGCUCGUCUGCUACGGCGGCAUGUCCCCACGAUCAGCCGUCGCCGGACACCCUCCUACCAACGUUAGUUCGUCCCAUUCAGCAGGGCAGGAAGCUCAGCCUGAAGUUGUCGUCAUGUCAGACGUGCACAUUUACGACGUCGUAACCAGGACAUGGACCCAUAUCAAUACUGCAAACACUCCACAGGGACGAUACGCCCAUUGCGCAACUAUCCUUCCGUCUUCGGCGCCCUUCGUUUCCGCCAAUGCUCCUAUGACAGCUAUACACAACAACCCGUCAACGUCCGCUUCAAACCCCCACCAAGGCUCCAUCGGUGUAGAGAUAGAUGGCUAUGGAGGCGCUGAGAUGGUCGUCGUCGGCGGCCAGGAUAGCUCAAAUCACUACAUCGAGCAAAUAAGUGUGUUCAACCUUCGGAGCUUGAAAUGGACUGCCACCAGCCCGCUGGGCCGCAGUUGCGGUGCAUACCGUUCCGUCGUCGUCCCGCUAGCGGGGAUGUCAGUCAAUGACCUGGGCGCUGAAAGGACUGAUAAAGAUAUUGCAAACGUUAGUAACAGCCAUGACGCAGCAGGGAUGCCUGGCUCGUCAAUGCUGAUCUAUUCAAAUUAUAACUUCCUCGAUGUGAAAUUGGAACUUCAAGCUCGCCUUCCUGAUGGGAAACUCGUUGAGAAGGCUAUGGAUACCUCUGUUUCUCCACCGGGGCUACGUUUUCCUAACGGCGGCGUUAUUAAUGGCCAUUUCGUCGUCAGCGGCACCUAUCUCACUGUUUCCAAACAGGAAUAUGCUCUAUGGGCGCUUGACCUAAAGACCAUGACAUGGGGCCGAAUCGAUGCUGGUGGCUCCAUCUUCUCUAGUGGUAGCUGGAACCGUGGUAUUAUCUGGAACAGAAGAAGCACUUUCGUUAUCCUGGGACACCGCAAGAGAAAUCUUGUAGAAGAUUAUAAUCAUCGCCGCAUCAACUUCUCGCAUAUAUGCAUGGUCGAGCUGGAAGCCUUUGGUCUCUACGAAAACCCCAGGAGAGCUGCGCCCACAUCAGGAUAUAUGUCCGUGAGUGCGCCUCCUCUGCGCCCAGCCUUACAGCCAAAAUUCUCAAUACAGUGUUCCGGCGGGCGACCUUUAUCGGCAGCGGCAGAGAAGUUGGGUCUAAUGGCACAAGCAUGUACUGAGCUAGCUGACAUGGACCUGCUUACAAUUGGUGGUGGAACGUAUUCCCCUACAACAGUAGCUGGAGAUAGUAUCAACGAUGCAGCAACGCUACGACAGCCCAACACUGCGUUGAACAGUCGAAAUUCGACAAUUACCAUCACUCCAUCCCUGAGCACCGCCAGCCAGUACUCCACCGCCACAACAUUGGUUAAUACCAUUUCAAAUAACAGCAACAAUACAUCAAUGGGUGGAACCAUAAACAACGUCAACAGUCAUAAGGAUACCGGUGGGCGGCCACCAGGAUCUUCUUCAUCAGCCUCUUCUUGCUUAUCCCGAGCAUCUCAUCUUGAUAUCCCAUCUGCACACAGCCUUCCACCAGCCGUACGGCCUCGAACCCUCUACUUACCCCAUACUUACCUCACCAUUCAGCUUCUGGUUCACUAUCUCUACACCUCUUCUCUCCCACCCGUAGGCUCUGCACUCUGUACCCCUCAAAUCCUCUGCUCCCUCCUUCAACUCGCUCGACCAUACCAGGUUGAUGGCCUUCUCGAAGCCACUGUGGAACGCCUUCACCAAGUCCUUGAUGGCCGCAACGCUGCUGCUGUUUUCAACGCUGCCGCCAUGGCUGCUGGCGGAGGCCGUGGUACCAACCUUGCGCUCGCAUUUGACGGAACUAUGGACUCUCUCCACGACACACAUUCCCGCUCUUACAGCCACUCGCACUCCCGCUCUCAGUCAAGCGUAGCAGACUACCGUCGCCCAAGCACAGCGGCAGACGGCAUAAGCUCGUUCAAUUCGUCGGAUGCCGAAUCCAUAGACAGACCUAACACCGCCAGCAGUACUGCUUCUGUCUCUAGUGGCACUGCAGGACGUUCCUCGAGCUCUCAACGACCCGCAAACCUUCGUAUCAAUACCAACUUUAGUAACGGAAGGAGCCGCGCCGAAUCAGCUGAAAACACUAGUAUACCCAACUCUGCAUCUACCAACAAUAGUAGCGGUGGUCUAGGAUAUCCUGAGGCCGAGCUAGCACAGCAUGACCAACGCGGCCGAAUGAGGGUCAGCCGAGAAGUUUGGACAGCUAAUAUCAGCAGCGUGGUAGGCUUGCAGAAGCGUGGUCUUAGAGGACUUAUGGAAGGAAGACGAAUGAGAGAGAGAGGGGCUAGCACUACCGAUACCCAGGACCAGAAUACUGGAGUUAUACCCGUUAAAAUGGGACUAGGCAUAUCCUGA